UCAAACCGGUUACUCGUGAACAGGUUGAAACGGUGGCGCGUUCAUCGAGCAGAUGGCAUAGCUUCGGGAAAGAAAUUGACCGACAUCCGACAAAACCCAAGAGCUUUGCCCUUCGAUACAGUUUCAGAAUGACCAACCGACAGUUCAGUUUUCUUAUUUUCGUCCUGUUUCUUCUCCUUGCGGCCCUAGCACUGACUCUUAUCGGAGUGUUGACCGAGUACUGGUAUUUUGUUGAAGCCGAUUCGAACCUAAACGAGACUAUGCAGCGAGAGUGGAACUAUAAUUAUGGAUUGUGGAAAAAAUGUUACCCUGACAUACCCCAAGAUAUCGUGAAGAACAAGAUUGGAAGCUGUGUCACCAUCUACCAAGAUCUCAUCAAACUGGAUGAGAGCAAGCUGGACAAUGAUGGCCAGAUCUACAUGCACUUGUCGCGAUCUGUCGUGGGUUUCGCCAUCACCAUGGGAGCUGUCCAGAUCGCUGCCAUCUUCACACUCAUAUGCGGCAACUGGCCGGGCAAUUGUAAAACUAUUCGGAAAGGCAAGCUGUACCUCACCUCCUCCCUCAUCCUGCUGUUUGCCACAAUGUGCGGCAUUGUGAGCGGUAUCAGUUUUAUUGCUCUGCGUGACAUUGACAGGAAAGAUCGCGGUAUGUACCCUGAUGGCGUCUCCUCUGAAUAUGGUUGGUCAUUCAUGGUCACGUGGAUAUCAUCCGGGCUCAAUCUCGUGGACAGCUUCAUCCUUCUGUGUUUGUUACGGACAGUGUACGACGACGUCAACGAAGGCAACAAAUACUACUACUACAACAUGGGAAACUAGUUCCAGUAGGUUGCAUUGAGCAUAUUUAAUGUUUAUAGACAUUUGUAUAUUGUAAAAACCCGCCCUGUGUAAUCGAGAAGGACCGCGUGUUGUCCCCAUAAUGCUGUUGAUGACGAUUUGUUAAUAACGUAACUAUCACAUCAAGACAUGUUCCUUGCCUUGAGUAUGUCAUAUACGGCCAUUGAUGAGCAAUAUUUAUUCGGUUUGAUGGUCACAUGUAUCUUGACUGUAUGUUAUCUUUGACACAAUACGAUGAGCUGUUUUUUCCAUACUAGGUUUAGAAACACAAGUGGAAUAAAAACGUGUGCAUGUGCAAACUAGUAUUUUUUUGCGAGACCAUUUGAGCAGCAUUUGUUGGCUCAUUUAUAGAUAAAGCCAAAGACCAAUUACGUAUUCCAAAAGAACAGUUCACGCCAUUCGCUAGGCAAAUUAGUCUCAGUGAUUAGUUUGUUUUUGUUCGUGAAAUUUUUUAAUUACUUAACGAAUGGACGCUUAUCCAUAAACACCAAACCAUACCACUUUUUACGAAAGAUAAAAAAAAGAAAGCAUUCAGUCACUUUGGCAUCAGUUCGGCUGUGUGAGUGUACGUUGGCUGUCCGUCUGUCCAUCUGGCUAUCUUGCCACGGGUACAACCGUACCAUAACUGGCAUUCUUGGGAAAAUGUUUAACAUAUCACGAUGGCCUCUUACCUAUAUCUCAUUGUCUGAUGUUAAAAGCGUAAGCGCUUUGUCCAGCAAACUUCACAGUAAAUUCUCCAUUAGAAUGUAUUUCAAAAUGAUAGAUUUAUCUUCCUCCAUAAAACAUUUCGUAUCCAACCUUGACACUGGUUGAUUUAUAGGAUAUCGUUGUCAUGAAUGAUAGAACUAGAUAGUCUGUCCUUGUUUUCAGUUCAUAGGUAAAUGCUUGAAGCUUAUUCAUUGUGUACUCAAUGUUGACAAAACAUGUAGAUUCAUAUAUUCAUUUUUUUUGUAAAUAAUUUAUUUGAGCUUUCCUUGAGUCAGAGCUACAGAAGCAAUGCUUUUCUUACAUCAUACCAUUGUAUUCAAACAUGAAACAAUUUCUAAUUCACAAAAUAAUCGUUAUACUUUGUACAAAGGGAUUUAAUUACGCUUACAGUUUACUUAAAAUAUAUAUCAUUUCUUUCCUAGUAAAAGACAUUUAUCUUUCGUAGUCAUAUCCUUUGAAAUUGGUUAAAUUCUUCUUGCAAAACAACAGGUUAUUUAUUAAAUAUAGCGUUUUAUACAAAUCUACGUCAUGUCAAUAGAAUAAGCACAGACGGUCAGCGUCCUUAUGAAUUGUCGAAAGGUGAACUUCAGUACCCCGACACAGUUCUAGUUUGCCUUUGUCUAUCCGCAAUCCCCAGGACCAUAAAAACGGGGCAUAAACACAUGGCCUAGAUACAAACACACUAGAGAGUGUCACAGUACAAAAAUGGAUAUAUUUCUGAUCACGCGCCUAACUGUCUAGACGCAUGUGUGUUUCGAGGGAAAAUAUUGUCACGUCAAAGGACAAAUCGAUAUUAAUAUGUACAUAGAAAUCGGAUAUUCAUACUUUCACAUAUCGUGUCGAUGUAGUUGUAUUUAAUGUGUCGAUAGAAAGCAAAUCGAGUUCAUGUCCACGAAAAAGCCCCAAACGAUAUUACAUGGAAUAGCUCAUGCUGCUAACAGGUCUGUAUUGUGGAAGCCUUUUGCUAUGUUACUAUUUACAGGUUCUGUGUUUAGUCUGAGAAUCGCGAUUGUUCAGAUCAUUGGACCAUGACUAUUUCUAAAGUAGGUAAAUGAAACUAUUCGGUUGUUGUGAACAGGCGACCUCGUUAUGGAAGAUGUUUUGCAUUGAUGAAUAAACGCAAGGCCAAUAUGACAUCCCCCUGAAGUCAGGCUUGUGACAGUAUGGGAAUGGGGAAUCAUAUAUUUUAAGUCUCUGGUGUUUGACGUACUCUUGAUGCCAUUAUCCUGUACUAACGUUUGAAAUGUGUUUAUCAAACAAACCCAUAAGUCUGAAGAGGUCUGUCCAGAAUACAUAGCUUGUGGCGUUUUUAUGUGUAUUACGAAAUCGUGUCAUGACUUGAAUGCCAUUGUCGUUACGCGCCUUGUAAUGUCAUUGUCGUUACGCGCCUUGUAAUGUCGAUGUCGUUACGCGCCGUGUAAUGUCAUUGUCGUUACGCGCCUUGUAAUGUCAUUGUCGUUACACGCCUUGUAUUGUCGAUGUCGUUACGCGCCUUGUAAUGUCAUUGUCGUUACGCGCCUUGUAAUGUCGAUGUCAUUAAACGCCUUGCAAUGUCAUUGUCGUUGCACGCCCUGUAAUGUCGAUGUCGUUACGCGCCUUGUAAUGUCAUUGUCGUUUCACGCCUUGUAAUGCCAUUGUCGUUACACGUCUUGUCACGUCAUGAUGCAAGCCGCGUCCAUGUGAGGAGCUCGUGAUGUCUUGUUGAUAAUUACGAUUAUUAAUGUCACAAAAUUCUAUUUUACAAAACGGUAUAAAACAAUCUGGGCUGUUUGACAUCUCCCUUACACCAGAACUUAGUUCGAGCAAAACAUUUCUGCUGCAACGACAUUCAUUUUGAGAUGCAACAAAUUAUGUAAAUUACCAAUAAUAAUUAUCAGUUGUCGAUGUUGUGUAUUAUGUUAAUGUUACUUUUAAUAUACUCUUGUGUGAUAUAUGUACAAAGUGUUUUAUGAAGUCAAGUUGGAUUCUCACCAAUAAUCAUGUGUUGCCAUUCAUUGCCAUUUUAACAAUAUUGUCAUUUCUUAAUGUUUAUAUAUUUUGAGUUUGUUAUCACUGCAUAAUAGUACUUGUCAUUUGAAAUAAACAGUAUAUAUUUAAUAAAGGUCUUAAUUUUAAA